AUGGUGCACUACAACGAUCUGGGCGAGACAGUGAAGGUGGAUGUUGAUCUAUGUGCCCUCCGGUUCCGGUUCAAAGAUCUUGGAGAUCCAGCCGGCAAGAGGGUCUGGUGGGCGAGCGAGGAAGGGGGCCGAGCGAUUGAACAAAUCUAUAAGGUAUGGACACAACGAUUUGACGAACAACUGCAACAAAUCCACCAAGCUAGACUGGUCGUAGCCGAGGAAAUGGACGAGGCCGGUGACACUGAAAAGUCAACGUUUGAAGAGCUUGAGAGGGUGGCUGGCAAUAUCAACGGGCUGACGAAACGGCUCCGGGAGGCGGAAAAAGAAAAUGGCCGCUUGGAAGCAUUGCUUGAUGCCUAUCAGAGUCACCCUGAAGCACAAAAGAGAAUGAAUGCAACUGUGCUGAAGGGCAACGAGACAGGCAUAGAGAGGAUCAGGAAAGCCAUAGGUGCACUGAAGCAGGAAUAUGAGUUGCAGACAGAGCAAUUGUCAAGACACAACAGGAGAGCUUCAAGUACCUGGCCGAUAUACGACUGCGCACGCUUCUCCAGCAUUGGGGGUUGGCCAAUGGACCAGGGAGAAAGUCACGCUGGCUAA